CAUGCCCUUGUUCGCGGUCGAGAACCAUUUCCACGUCGCUCUACUAUCUAUCACAAUCGCCCCAAGUACCUUUCUAGGUUGCGCACUCCUCUUCUUCGCAUAUAACUACGUCCUACACAUUCGAAACAAUCCCAAACCAGCACGACCUGUUCUACAACCCAUCGAUCAUGGCGGCGACCAUCGAAGAGCUGGAAGGCCUGUUCGACGACCAUCCUUCUUUAGACGCUUCUCUGCAAGACUUCGAACCAACAAGCAGCGAGAUAGGCCACUCCCCCCGCUUUGGCUACCCUUCUCAUCACUCUGGCUUCCGUUCAGACAGCGAGUCGGAGAUGGCAGACUCGGUAUCGGGAGGCAGAUACAGCCCUCCGGCAUGGCGACGUCUCGACGAAAACGGCAAUCGCAGCAGCGGCUUCUGGAAUAAGAGACCUACGGCACUAGGCAAACGAAGCAGAGACUCGAGGGAGAGUAGUCCGGAAUAUGAGAGUGCGGAUGAAGGCGACGAUACUCUUGCAGCUGCUGCACGCGUGAGGCUACCGACUGGCUCUUUAUCACCCGAAAAGCGCAGAAGUCCAAGUCCUGACCCAUAUCCUGCCGGCGACAAAGACUUCGGUAACACAUUCGGAAGUAUGAUCAAGCACGAAGAGCAGGAGCAUGCCAUUGAUCCGUCAGUUGAGAAUAAGAAUAACUUUAUUCGCUUUGCGCUUAGAGCAGAGGUACAACACCGUACAGAACCUUUCGAAGCUACUUUCUCCUAUUUCAGAACCAAAUUCGAUAGAAUGACAAAGUCAUGGACUUCCUUAUUCAUUUCACUUAUCAUCGGCAUGCUGUCCAUGGUAGCUUUCCGCUCAUUGAUCCAGCCUGGCCUUCCUUCUCCGGUUCCAGAUCUUGUCAAAGUGGCAGGUCUCGCAAAAGCUUUCGAACCUCUUAUAUUCUACUCGGAGAAUGGUGUACAACAAAUCGGAGACCUCCAAGCUACAGGUGUAGCUGUAUGGGAUCUUGGUGAGAGCGUACGAACUACGAAUAUGACUUCGGCACCUAUCAUCGUCAAGGAACUAGAUGAUUUAAGUGAGAGUCUGAAGACAUUAGCCAUUGAGCUUACCAGAUUCUUUGCCAAUGUAGAUGGAGAUGUCGAUGGUAUACUCAUAGUCAUGGACUGGGCCCGUCGCGAACUCUCCCAACUCCAACUCACCCCACCAUCCCCUGUAACCUCCGCCUACGACAAUGUCCACACCCUCCUAAGCCGCUUCGGUCUCCUCGAAACCCCGUCAGGAACGCCGACGCGAGCCGGCGCUCUCGCAACAUCCAUUUUUGGCGUCACAUCUCAACAACGAACCCGCCAAACCCUCCAAAGAACCUUCACGGAAUUCUUGUCCGUCCUCGAAGAAUCCAUCAACUCCGAACUCCAACACUCCCUCGCACUCUUCUCCCUCUUCGAAGCCAUCGACCGCCAAUUCGGCAACCUAGCUCGUACCGUAGCCCGCGAAUCUGAUGCCCAGGACUCGGCUCAAGACGACCUGCUCUCUUCAUUAUGGACUAAACUCUUGGGAGCAGAUGCAGGACGUUUACACAAGUAUGAGAAGAACAAGAAACUCCUAUCCAACAUCCGCGCCAAGACGGUCCAGAACAAGAAUAUCCUCGAAGACCAUAACAGGAAGCUCCUGAUGCUAAAGGCGAAUCUGGAGCACUUGAGGAGAAAGCUUGUCAGUCCGUUAGUUAGGGCUAAUGGGAGUACUCUGGGUGUUCAGGAACAGAUCCGGGGCUUGGAGGAGGUUAGCGGGUAUCUCGGGGGCGUACGGGAGAAGCAGAAGAGUAAAUUGAUGGAGUAUCUUUAUGGGAGCGGGAGUCAGGGUAGGAGAAUCGGGAGCGUGGAGAGGAGUGAGAUUGAGGGCCGAUGGGACCGGUAGCGAGAAAAAGGAUGGGUAAGAUACGAGUGUCGAUGUACAGAGAUAGGUAACCAAGGCGCAUCUUUCAUUGGGUGGUGGUGGCAUAAGUGGUGCAUUGGAGUUUCUGUUUGUUUGUUUACUACUUCACCCCUUUCUUGUAUAGCUCUCUUUUCGAGGUUGGAGACUAAUUACUACUGAGAUCAUGUCUCUGGCGUGCAAUAAAUUAACAUAUUCUAGUAAA